AGCUUUCACGUCACUUCCUGUAUGUGGGGUAGUGUUGACAUCCGCCUCACAUUUGCCUAUCCUUGCGUAUGCCGAACCGGAGUGUCUUUUGAGUGGUUUAUGCUGCAGGGGUUACCGGGGGAGCGAAGAGGCUUUCGGCGAACAUGCGGAGGGGGCUGCGGGAAAAAAGCAGCCGGGCUGGAGAGGUGAUGGCCGGGCUGCUGUGGCUCCUCCUCGGAGGACUGCUGGGGGUCUGCAGCGGAGUCUCUGCAAACAGAGGGGGGUAUCCCACGUUUACAGAUGAGAUUCCUUUUAAAAUCACCUGGCCGGGGGCUGAAUUCAGACUGCCAGAUUCAGGCGCACUUUACAGCGAGGACGACUUUGUCAUCAUGACUACGACGGAAAAGGAGAAGUACAAAUGUUUGCUGCCUUCACUGACCGCUGGCGAAGAGGAUGAAAAUAAGGGGUACGGCGGUCCCAGUCCAGGCGAACUUCUGGAUCCGCUGUUCAAACGAAGCAGCUGCUCCUACAGGAUCGAGUCUUACUGGACAUACGAGGUGUGCCAUGGGAAGCACGUCAGGCAGUAUCACGAGGAGAAGGAGACGGGGCAGAAGAUCAAUGUCCAGGAGUAUUACCUUGGCGAUAUGGCUCAGAGGAGUCAAUCAGCUGAUACAGAUCAAGCUGAAGAGAGAGAAAAUGCCAAAGCGGCUCCACUAAAAGAAGUGCCGACUAAAAACAUCGAAGGUCAGCUGACCCCGUACUACGCCGUGGAAAUGGGAAACGGGACUCCGUGCACGCUGAAGCAGAACCUGCCGCGCUCCACCUCCGUGUUAUACGUCUGCCACCCGGAAGCCAAGCACGAGAUCCUGUCCAUCGCCGAGGUCACCACCUGCGAGUACGAGGUGGUGGUGCUGACGCCUCUGCUGUGCGCGCACCCAAAAUACAGGUUCAAGGCCUCCCCAGUGAACGCCAUCUUCUGCCAAGCUCUGGAGGGCUCGCCGCUUCAACCUCAGCGGCUCUCGCAGCUGGACAAAGAGCAAGAAGAGCUGCUUAGGCCUCCUUUUAGCACCAACACCGACGCCAGAGAGGAGGAGGUGUCCCCAGUCAGAGAGGAAGCUUUCAGCUCCACUCACAAACCCAUGAGCGUAGGAGGGCAGAUUCAGGUCACAGUGGGCACGACACACAUCUCCCGUUUGACAGACGACCAGCUGAUCAAGGAGUUCCUCAGCGGCUCGUAUUGUCUGCAGGGGGGCGUGGGCUGGUGGAAAUAUGAAUUCUGUUACGGAAAGCACGUCCAUCAGUACCAUGAGGACAAAGAGCAAGGCAAGAACAUUGUCGUGGUGGGGAACUGGAAUGCGGAGGAGCACAUUGAGUGGGCGAAGAAGAACGUCGCCCGAUCCUACCAGCUCAAACACGACGGAGCACAGAAAGUCAAGGUAGUUUCCCACUUUUAUGGACACGGGGAUUUAUGUGAUCUGACAGGAAAGCCCAGACAGGUCAUCGUGAAGCUCAAGUGUAAAGAAUCUGAGUCUCCACAUGCCGUCACCGUCUACAUGUUGGAACCUCAGACUUGUCAAUAUGUGCUUGGGGUUGAGUCUCCGGUUAUAUGCAGGAUUCUCGACACGGCUGAUGAACAGGGACUCCUGUCAAUCCCCAGCUAAGCUGAGACGAUCCUGCGGCAGAAGUGAUGCAUGGAGGAUGAGAGGACAGUUGUUGAACAGCCGUGCAUCUGGCGAAAGAAGAGACUUUCAUUGUUGUGCUAAAAGCCAACCUGAUCGUUUGGCUGGACUCCACGGAGCGCCGGCCCAGUCCAGGCGCCGCGUGCAACGCGCGACGUGACUUCAGCUGAAUGUUAAUGUGUGAAAAGGGGCUCGCGCCUCGCCCAAAGGACGUUGGAUAUAAUUCCUGAACUUCAUAUCUAUGCUUUUCUUCAAGUUGGUUAAUUGCAAACAAGACAUGAUGAGUCAGGGGAUUUUUUUUUCUUCUUUUUUUUUUUUAUCAUUCAGGGGAAUCAGCUCAGUUCACUGUGGUUUUAUUUUCUCUGCUGUCUGCAUUUGUGUGUUUGAGAGAUUUUAAAAUGAAUAGCUACUUCGCAGUAGCUGUUUACGCUUGUAGACUUAAAAAAAUAAAAUGCGAGUUUCAUUUUUGCAGCAGGAUACGAAAGAGGAUUAGGGCCACUCAAAAAAAAAAAUUUAUUCUGAC